AUGCACCGCCAUCAGCAGGAUCUACACCGUGGGGCGCAGUUUCGAGGGCCGCGAGCUCCUGGUCAUAGAGCUGUCCGACAACCCCGGCGUCCACGAGCCUGGCGAGAUGUUGAACAUCUGAUUUUAAAGUACAGCAAACAGAUUGAAAUACUUUCAUUCCUCUCAAGUCGUGACUGUCUGGCUCCUGAGACCAAGGCUGUCAUCCACUGGAUUAUGGAUAUUCCUUUUGUGCUCUCAGCCAAUCUCCACGGAGGAGACCUUGUGGCCAAUUACCCGUAUGAUGAGACACGGAGUGGUAGUGCUCAUGAAUACAGCUCCUGCCCGGAUGAUGUUAUUUUCCAAAGCUUGGCUCGAGCAUACUCUUCUUUUAACCCAGCGAUGUCAGACCUUAAUCGACCUCCAUGCCGCAAGAAUGACGAUGACAGCAGCUUUGUAGAUGGGACAACCAAUGGUGGUGCUUGGUACAGUGUACCUGGCGGAAUGCAAGACUUCAAUUACCUCAGCAGCAACUGUUUUGAGAUCACCGUGGAACUUAGCUGUGAAAAGUUCCCGCCUGAAGAGACUCUGAAGAGCUACUGGGAGGAUAACAAAAACGCCCUCAUUAGCUACCUUGAGCAGAUACACCGAGGAGUGAAAGGGUUUAUCCGGGACCUUCGAGGAAACCCAAUUGCCAAUGCAACCAUCUCUGUGGAAGGAAUAGACCAUGAUGUUACAUCUGCAAAGGAUGGUGAUUACUGGAGAUUGCUUGUACCCGGAAACUAUAAACUUACAGCCUCAGCUCCAGGCUACCUGGCAAUAACGAAGAAAGUGGCAGUUCCUUACAGCCCUGCUGUGGGAGUAAGUAAUCUUAAUCACAACUAA